GCGAGGCAGGAGAUGGAAGAGAGGAGGCUGGCUGGCUGGCUGACUGACUGACUGAUGAGAGGAGAGGAGAGGUACACAAGCUCUGCUGCAGAGAGAGAGAGAGAGAGACUUGGCAAAUGUCCUCUCCAGCUCCGGUGCAGCAGAGACGUGAUAUUUCAAGAAUCUUAAUUGUGUGGCCGAGAGGGCGACAAGAAAUAACAUCCUCAGCGACGCGGGAAGCCGAGCUGAACAGAGCCAUGAAGUGAUUUUUCCUGCUCUGGAGUGAGCGAUGAGCCGAGAGUCCACCGCCCGCCGCCAAGAUGUGAGAUUGAUGGAAUAACCCGUAAAAGGCUGUCAUCAUGAUCCACCACCGCAAUCAAGAGAGUUCCUAAGGACAGCCGCUGUAGUAUUGGCCAGAAGACACACAUUUCAAUAUUUCUUUGUGUGUGUGAGGCCACUGUCGUUAUGAUAAUCCUUUCCCGUAUUCCUGAGAAUUCCAUCCCGGUGAGAGCGACCGUAACCGUUUUCUGCCAUCCGCGCACACCCUGACAGUCGACGUCCUCGUCUAUCUUUCAAAUCGCCUCCGAUCCGCACCUGCGGCCCCUCAGGAUUAUGAGGCCAAUGUCGAUGCUUCUCCGAUCACAGUGUCUCCUGUGUGCGUUUGUUAGUGUGUGCGUGCCAGGAGCGCUGGGCUCGCUGCCUCAAGCUCUGCCAUGGCACGUCCCCUGCCCGGGGCGGUGCGUGUGUCACAUCAAGCCGUGGUUCUCGCCCGACUCCGUUUACCACGAAGCUCCGACGGUGGACUGCAAUGAUCUGUUACUGACCGGCGUCCCCUCGCCCUUGCCCUUAAGCACACACACCUUGCACCUUCAGGGGAACAAUCUAUCGGAAAUGGACGCGGUCGCGCUGCGCCGGCUCCCCAACCUCACCGAUCUCGACCUUUCGCAGAAUGACUUGGGCUGCGUCAGGGUGAUUACACAAAACUUGUCUCUGCCCUCUCUACUGUCCCUCCACCUGGAGGAGAACCAACUCAGCCAUCUGCCAGAAACCUCCUUCUCCUCACUGCUGGCUUUACAGGAGCUCUUUCUCAGCCAUAAUAAUUUGCGUUCGAUAGCACCCGGAGCCUUCGCCGGUCUCAACGCUCUGCUUCGCCUGCAUCUUAAUAACAACAGACUCAGGAAUAUUGAUCCCAGGUGGUUCGGAGAUUUGCAGAAGCUAGAAGUUCUCAUGCUCGGGGGGAACCCGGUAGAGACCUUGCCGGAACAGGGCUUCUACGCCUUGAGAUCCCUUCGCAGCCUUGUUCUCGGCGGCAUGGGUUUGAGAGGCUUGGCUGAUAAUGCUCUGGUGGGGUUGGAGGAUCUGGAAAGCCUGUCCUUCUACGAUAACCUGCUGAGCAAGGUUCCUUCUCGGGCUCUGCGGCGAGCAAAAGGGUUAAAGUUUCUAGACCUUAACAAGAACCGAAUUAAAGUGAUCAAGACGGGAGACUUGCGAGACAUGCGUCAUCUGAAGGAGCUGGGCCUGAACAACAUGGAAGAACUGAUGUCCAUUGAGAGGGCGGCGCUAGAAAACCUCCCGGAGCUCACCAAAUUGGAAAUCACCAACAACCCACGACUGUCGUUCAUUCACCCGGAGGCUUUCGCAAAUCUGAGCAGGCUUGAAAGUCUUAUGCUCAACUCAAACUGCCUCAGUACUCUGCACCGCCACACCAUGAACUCGCUGCCCAGACUGCAGGAGGUCAGCUUGCACUCCAACCCGCUACGCUGCGACUGCUCGUUCCACUGGGCCGCGCAGGAUGCCACCAGCGAGCGGCAAACGUCUCGGGCGGUGCGCUUCAUUCAACCCCGGGCGACGUUGUGCUCAGAACCCCCGGAACUAAAGGCUCGCAGGGUGAGAGAAGUGUCGACCAGGGAAAUGUCAACCUCUUGCCUCCCGACAAUCCCCGCCGCUUCGCUUCCCUCCAACGUGGGUGUCAGAGAAGGAGGGAAGCUGCUUUUGCACUGUCGAGCUCUCGCAGAUCCACAGCCGCAACUUUACUGGGUGACUCCCUCGGGAUCGAGACUCGGACCCGCUUCGCGUAACGUAUCGGAUGGACCAUCAGGUUCUUCUCUCACCGCCGCGGAAAGAAUCGCCUACCCGUCGGCUUCCAGCCGGGCAGAAGGCCAUUCUUCCACCAAACGCUACCGGCUCUUGCCUGAGGGAACGCUGGAGAUCAGAAAGGUCACCUCCAGAGAGGCUGGCCUGUACACCUGCGUCGCCGAGAACGCUCUAGGUGCAGAUACGCGCAGCGUCACUGUGACCGUCCGAAGCAGGGAGAAGACGAAGAAGAGGGCGGUGGCUUAUAACCCAAAGGGACAUUGGUCACCCGGCGCUGAGACAAAGCUAAAAAUGAUAGCGGCUGGAGAACACUUUGCGAUAUUGUCUUGGCAGAAUAGGCGCAAUUACCCCUCCGCUCGUUUAUCCUGGCAAGCCGUGAGCCCGGAGGCACCCGCGUACACCACGCGCGUCCUCGCUGGCGCGCGCAGUUUCAACCUCACCCAACUGCAGGCGGAGACAUUUUACAGGGUUUGUUUACAUUCGGGGACCAGCGGGGCUAACGACAGGAAAGGCAAAGCAAGCGGGAGACCUCGCUGCGUCUCGUUCCGAACGAAGAGAGCGGCAAAGACUGGAACCGGCCCGCAGCUCGGCCCCGAGCUGGCGGCCACACUUCUGAUGAUCCUCGCGCUCGCACUGAUGUUGCUGGCCGGCCAAAGAUGGGACAGAGUUCAUCUCCGAGAAGUUAAAAGUCAUAAGGCUCUGAUCGUGGUGCAGAAGAUUGGAGGGAACGACGAGAAAAAGCAUGAGCAAAUUGAAAAACAUCUUUUCCAUCACGACUGCUGAGAUCAUUCGAAUACACAAAUGAAUACUAUAAGUCCCUUUGUGAAGACUCCCAGUGAAGCAGUAAAGAUUUGUAUUUGUUUCAUACAAAGUACCGAAAAUAUAAUUGGCAUCGUUUGUGUGUUGAGACACAUCGGAAUUAUUGAACACAAAGCACGUGGCUUCAAACGGGGCCUGAAGCGAACGGUCAGUGAGUGCGUCUGUCGACAAAAGAUACGGUUUAUGGCUGCUGGGCUGAAAAUAACGGAGACUAUAUUCAGUUCAGGGACAUGUUUCCGGGAUGUUUAUCACAUUUUCUGUCUAAAUGUUUCACAGACUCAACCGUACUGUAUUACUGUCUGAAAAAAAAAAAAGGACUGCUUGUUUUGUUCUUGUAUGUCAAAGUGAUCGAUGCUUAGCGCUCAGUAUCUUGGACAACUGUACUUAUACAGCAUUUCUUGCCUAACAUCCAAUAUCCUCUUUCAGCAUAAAAGGAUUCUCAAAGUGAUUGUGUCAAAUUCUAUUUUGAGCUAUUAUAUAAUAAAUCUUUUUAAUUGA